CUUUUGCCUUACUGAUGGACUCUCUGGCAGCCAAAGACCUGGCGUGUCUACUGGGGGGCUACUGCAAGCUCCUGGUGGACCCCAGAGUGUGUGUGUUCCGUCUGGGACGCCCCAAGGUCCGGGUUCACAGGAUACCUGCUGAGGAAGGUGUGUGUGAAGGGAAGUUCGCCGUUAUAGAGGGAGUGUGCUAUGAAUCGCUGACAAGCUAUGUGUCCCGCUGCUGUAGUGACUCCAAUGACUCUUCAGAUGAGGACUACCCUGCCGAGCCUCCGCCAACGCACACCCGCAAACGCCACGCACCCGCCAGCAAAGACAGGGAGGGGUGGAGGAGAGAAAAGGAGGAGCAGAGAGGAGCAGAGGGAAAGAAAGAAAGAGCUGAAAAAGAAGACAAAGAUAAGCAUGAGGUGAAGAUCAUUGUGACGUCAGAGAAGGACAUGGAAGUUGAGGAGGAGGACGGAAGAGAAGAUGGAGGAAGAGAGAUACAUCUAGGAGGUAACGCCAAUGAAGGAAGAGUGGAACAGGACAUGGUACUGGACACUAACUGGUAUCACACAGACCCACGGGUUAACAGUAGCUUCUCCAGCCUGUCCAGUGGCUCUUUGAGUGCUGCCUUGGAGGAAAGCGGUGUCGCAGCCAGGGGAGAGGACCCAGCCAAGGCCUCCUCUCGUGUGGACGCCCUGCGUGAGGACAGCCCCUCUCGCCAUUCCAAACAGCCGACUCGGGGGAUCGCCACACUGGAUGUCCACCAUCCAUUCCUCCUGGAGGUCACAGCUCCCUCUCCACAGCGCCAGAGAGAGGGCGCCGCCGGCAGCACGGCCUCCGCACCCGUACGCCCCACCAACCUGAGUUACCGUAGCAACGAUAGCUCGUGUCUUUGCUUCGCCGAGCUUUCCCAAGGCAGCUACCUCCCUAGCCCCCCCGAGGCCACCAGCGACGAGGAGGAGACGGAGGAAGUUGAGGAUGACGAUGAUGAGGAGGAACUGAGACGGCUUUCUAAGAUACCCAGUCAGAUAGACCUGCGCCUCAUCGACAAGAUCUGCGCCCGGUCUAACAAAACUGCUUCCAACAACAAGUUAGACAUCCCCAGAAUCAUCCCCAACCUCACCUCCUGUGAAAAGAGGACUGUUUGUAGCUCUGCCCACAAAGGGGAGGAGCGUCUAUCAAUUCACUCUGGAGAUUCCGAGCCUUUCCUAACGCCGUCCCCUAAUCCUCCUCCUCCUAUUGCUAGGGAAAGUGCUUCGGAGUCAGAUGAUGAGUUCUUCGAUGCCCAGGAGCGGUUCACUCCUCCAGUUCCUUCUGAUGGUACAGAAAACAGUUUGGAUGCGACUGACAAUAAGAGGCACAUUAAACGCUGGACUGGCACAGGGAACGGACUGCCAGUGGUACCAGAGAUGGAGCCUCCCUCACCCCUCAAAAAGAAGCACUCCUCCCCUGACCACAAGAAACAGCAGGAGACCCAACGAGACCCAAAGCCCCAUUCAAACCAGGCUUCCACUCAGAGGGUUGAUGCCAAGACCAAGCCUCCACCAUUGGCCCCCAAGCCCCAGCUACCCAUAAAACCUGAACUGGCCCCCAAGCCCCAGAUGGGCCCCCAGAGGUCUCCCCAGCGCGGCAGUCCAUACUCCCAUUGUAACGGAGAUGCUGGUGGGGGCCAUGCGGGCCUGCUGGAGGUAGACACCAUGGAACCAGACACCAUGGAGUUUAAAUCAGUCACCUCGGGAGCGGGGGGGCCUCCGCUCGCCUCCCCCCUCAUCACGGCGGUACGGAAGAGCCAGCAACCCCCUGCCGGUCCACAGGGUGUGGAGAACGGGCCUAAGAUGGAGAACAGUUCUAAGCAAGAGAACGGUUCUAAGAACGGGACUCAUCACGCGCUUCCUAAGGACCGUGUUCUGGUCACUGCUGACAACAGGAGAGCUGAUGUUGAAACUAAAACAAACAGGGUUACCCUGCUGAAGGGAGAGGUCAGAACGGGGGUUGGGGUGGACCUCCCGAAAAAUCUGCCAAGCCUGUCCCCCAUUCCACAUUCUGCUUCAGGAGAUGAGAUCAGGUUGAGCCUGGCCACCCCUCCACCACUCUCUCCCAAACCCUCCCCUCCUUCUCUCCAUCCCCUAUCAGUCCUCCCCAUCCCGGUCUCACCAAAUGAGAAAGGGGGGACGUGUCCGCCGAGCGGCCUCCACCCCUGGGUUAGUUGCAACGGGAGCAAUCAGACCGGGAGGAGGGUCUCUCUGAGUCACGAGAACUUGUCGCCCAAAAAUACAGACGCCCCCCUCAGCCUGACCACCUCCCUCACCACCUCCUCUAAAGGGACAGCGGGAGACCCAGAGAGCACAGGAAGGUCAGGGUCAGACUUGAGGGUCAGUUCUUCCAGCCUGGGGGGCCGUCUGCCUACCUCAGCCCUGAGAGGGAGGAUCCAGGCCCUGCCUUGGUACAUGACCCGCUCGCAGGAGAUCCUGGGCACCCUGGACCACUCUUCCACCAGCUCCGUCAACGGGGAUGUCACGUCCGGCUAUGGCUCCGGUCUGUCAGUCAGCGGAGCCUCUGAGGUCAGCAAGGUCACUGCCCAGGCAACAGUUGGAGAGACUGCAGGGGGAAAAGGGAAGAAGGAAGUGGUGGAGGAUGGAGCCGAGGUUGUCAUAGCAACCAUCAAAGAGUUCCAGGAAGUGACUCCGCGUGCGAAGGAGGCCAACGGGAAUAGCGGGUCGCACCCCAACCUGUCCCUGAGAGAAAACGGCGCACACGUCUCAGAACCCUACGGAUUCCUGGGGUCCUGCAAGUCAGAGCAGCCUCAGUCCAGACCCCACUCAGAGGUGGGGUUAGGGGGCGGUUCAGGCCCGCCCCUAGAGGGGGACUCUCUGGAGCACACCCCUCCCCCAGCCCACCGUGAGGCGUGCGGCUGCCGCACCGUCUACGCCAACUGCUUCAGCGGUGACGUGGAGGACGGCUGUGGCUUCGACGAGGAGCUCACCAUCUACGAGUUCUCCAAACGCACGCGCCCCAAACCAGCCCAUUCUACACCCCUGGCCUCCCCCACCUCCCCCAUCCCCUCCCCCAACAUCCUGUCCCUGCUGAGAGACACCCCUCGCCCCCUCUCCACCCUCUCCACCACCUCCUCAGAGCUCAGCCCACUCCUGUCCCGCCCUGUCUCCCCCACGCCCCCCAUCGGCUCCCUGCGUUCCCUCACCAACAAGCACUAUGGGGGGCUGAAAGGGGGCUUCGUUUCCCUGAGACAGGACAUCAAUCAGCUCCUACUGGUCCUGGCUGGGCCAUCACCAUCAUCAGAACCUUCCAAAACAGAUCAGGAUGAGGGUGGAGAAGGGGGACCCAACCCAGCCCAAGAAGAGGGUCCAACCGCGUGCUGUGGAGGUGCAAGUCCUCCGCCCAUGACGGAGCCUGAGAGGAAUUUACUCCAGGCGGAGGCACGGCGGUUGGCAACAGGGUGCCAACGUGCCACACGUGUGGGCUGGGCUCCAGAGGAGGCGCUUCGUUCCUUAUCCAACAGUUUCAGUGCCCUGGUGCAGCUCUCCGCAGCCUGCCUGAGAACACACCCCUGUCCUGGAUGUGAUGUCUGCCGCAACGGGGGUCAGAUCCAGAGCACUGAUGAUGAUGGGGGCCAGGAGGAGGCUCUGGACAAGCUGAAGGAGAUCGUAGGGCUGUACAGGGAGUUUGUUGGGGCUGUGGAGACUGCUGGAGCCGGGUCUGGGUCCAGCAGUGGGACGGGGUCUGGGGAUGGACAGGGAGAGGGCGAAGGGGUGAGGCUACUGGCCAAACGGUGCACGGUGCUCAUCUCUUCCGUCUUUUCGCUAACACAGCUGUUCAGGACGCACUCGCCGGACUUGCCAGGUCACACGCCUCUCAACUUUUGACCUCUGAACUUUUAAAACUCCUUCUCGCUACCAGGACUAAGGUGAAGCAGUACAGUACAUACACACCUGUACAGUAAGUGCCAUGCACACGCACACACACAUACACACACACGCGCACACACACACACACCUACCAAACACAUCCUUAAAUGAUGAAAAUAACCUCUUCCACUGACUGCCAUUACUGCUAGGUCUCCUGAUGGACUCAUCUGGACUAUGCAUUUGUACAUAGGUAUUUUAUAACUAACUAUCUAUCUUCUUAUUGUAUACUGUAUGUAUGAAUUAUGUAUGUACGUAUUUAUGUAUGUAUUCAUUUCUAUGACUGUUUGCGCCAUGGUCCUUGCUGGUGUAAGACCUUAUUGAUGUUGUAGUUUCUUCUACCUCCCUCCACCUUCUGUUUCUCCUCUGGGCUGGUGUCUGCUUUAGCUGCUUCAAUGAUUCUUCCUCCUCUGGGCUGGUGUCUGCUUUAGCUGCUUCAAUGAUUCUUCCUCCUCUGGGCUGGUGUCUGCUUUAGCUGCUUCAAUGAUUCUUCCUCCUCUGGGCUGGUGUCUGCUUUAGCUGCUUCAAUGAUUCUUCCUCCUCUGGGCUGGUGUCUGCUUUAGCUGCUUCAAUGAUUCUUCGGAUCCAGUUAAAGGUGCAAUCUGUAACUUAGAUGUUUCUAUUGGGAACUCUAGGAAAAAGUACAACUAGCAUGUUAUGCGAAGACCCACCCCUUCCGUUUACAAUCAAAUGAAGGGGGAGCACUAUUGGCCGUAAAAUAAAUAAACAGAUUGCACCUUUAAGAAGAGAAAUGAACCAUGUGAAAGCUAUCUAUUUCUGUUCCAUUCCUGGCUCCUGACUGACUACUUGUGUGCGAAUGCUUGAAUGGAGAAAACACUCAAUAACCCAAAUGCUUAUAUGCAGUAAUUAUACAGUAUAUCAACUUUGAAUCCAAAGGAUACAUAUAUUUUUCUGGGGUGCAUUGCAUGGAUGGGGGAAUAGUGGAAAGGAUAUUCAUUUGGUAUUUUGUAAAAAGGUUUUGACACGGCACAAGGAAGGCUGACUGUUAAAACCUACUAAAUGUAGCAUCGAUCCAAAGGCAUUUAACACUGAGCCACAAUUUGUACUAUUUUACUACUUGCCCAUGUUUAGCUCUGCAGACGGGCGGACUGACUGAUUCGGUUUGUACCAGACCCGUAGAUAGAUAUACAUCUAUGUUUGUGUUAGUUUGAGUCUAUCUGUCCUUCCUUGGUUUAUGGCUAUGCAAACAUAACCACUACUUCCCUGUUCUCCCACAUAUCAUUCUCUGUUACAUUUGUGUUAACAUUAAAGACAAGAAUACCUGCAUAUGUUUUAUAGUCUUUGUUCCUGGAAAUAUAGAGAGGGCUUCCAUGUAUUAUACUGGAGUGUCUGGACUAUGAUUACGGGUAUGUCCAGGAUUGCAAUGUUCUGCAACGUUGCACGUAAUCGGAUGCAACAUAUCUCAUCAGUGGCUUCUAACCUGAUGUGUUGUGGGUAAAAUGCAGAGCUGUUCUGUGACUUGGAAACUGUUCACAACUCACUGAUCCUGGACAGAGCCCCGGUCAAGAGUCUGUAAACAUAUUCAAUCUGAACUUUGACUAAAUAAAUGGGUGUUUUGCCUUUCGU